AUGUCAUCCACCCUCACCCACCCCUGCUACAUCCUCCAACACGUCAUCCACCCUCACCCACCCCUGCUACAUCCUCCAACACGUCAUCCACCUUCACCCACCCCUGCUACAUCCUCCAACAUGUCAUCCACCCUCACCCACCCCUGCUACAUCCUCCAACACGUCAUCCACCUUCACCCACCCCUGCUACAUCCUCCAACACGUCAUCCACCCUCACCCACCCCUGCUACAUCCUCCAACACGUCAUCCACCGUCACCCACCCCUGCUACAUCCUCCAACACGUCAUCCACCCUCACCCACCCCUGCUACAUCCUCCAACACGUCAUCCACCCUCACCCACCCCUGCUACAUCCUCCAACACGUCAUCCACCCUCACCCACCCCUGCUACAUCCUCCAACAUGUCAUCCACCCUCACCCACCCCUGCUACAUCCUCCAACACGUCCAAGAUAA